AAAAAAAAAGAAAAGAAAAAGGAAACGUGUGCGAUUGGUUUAGUCCAACAGCUCCGCUGAAUGAACGCUUUCUUCUAAGCAACAACUUUUCUUCCCUCUGCGGUCAGUUUGACGCGUCAGCCCGGCGCACCCACCGCACAUCCAGCCCCGGGACCGGAGACCCGGACACCCGCACACCGAGCCCUGCUGCAGCCCGGUCCUGGAUGCACCGCGGAUGCAGUGAACUUCAUGUGGGGACUUUGUCCGGGACUAAAGAAAGCAGCGGGACCUCCAUACCCGGCGCUCUUUACGCACAGAAAGGAAGAAGAAAGAAGAAAAGGAGGGCUGUACUUUCAGGCUGCUCGGGACACACCCAGCUGAAUGUCCAGCCGCAGGCUCGGAGCGAGGCGUGUGUGUGUGGAAAACAGCCGGGCGGAAUCACAACCAGUGCUCGAUAAACGCUGAGCUUACGCCCUCGCCACAAUGGAGGAAUCGGCCGAAGACUAUGGAAACUACACGUACGAGUACUACCUGGAGUACGGUGACAUGGAGGAGCUUAAAGUAGACCACAGGCAGAGGGAAACGAUGCACAUAAUCUCAGUCGUCAUCUACAUCGUUUCCUUCGUGCUGGGCCUAAUUGGGAACGGGAUCGUCAUUUGGGUGACAGGGUUUAAAAGCAAAAAGACGGUCAACAGCGUGUGGCUGCUGAAUCUCGCCCUGGCAGACUUCGUGUUUGUACUCUUCCUGCCCUUCUACAUUGAUUACAUUCUGCGGGACUUCCACUGGGACUUUGGCGUGGCCAUGUGCAAGCUGAACUCGUUUGUGUCCGUGAUGAACAUGUACGCCAGCAUGCUCUUCCUCACAGUGCUCAGCAUAGACAGGUAUGUCUCCCUGGUCCACGUGAACUGGUCCCAGAGGCACCGCACGGUGGAGAGAGCCUGGGUGACGUGCGGUUGCAUAUGGGUGCUGGCUGCCGCCAUGAGCUGCCCCGCUCUCAUCUUCCGUGACACCAUGCGCUUGCACGACAAGGUGGUGUGCUUCAACAACUUCCACACCCAGGACGGACACACGGCGGCCAUGAGACACAUCACCGUAGUGGCUAUUCGCACCACAGUGGGUUUUCUCCUCCCGUUCACAGCCAUAUGUGUGACAGGCAUACUACUGACAGUCAGAGUGAAAAAAUCGGGGGGUUCAGUCCGCUUGUCCAGCUUCUCCAAAACAGUCACUGCAGUAAUCCUGGCUUUCUUUGUGUGCUGGGCCCCUUUUCAUACCUUCAGCAUAAUGGAGUUAUCCAUACAUUCCUCAUUCUACCUCCACAACUUUCUGAAAGCCGGCUUCCCUCUCGCCACCAGCUUAGGCUUUUUUAACAGCUGCAUUAACCCCCUGCUGUACAUGCUCUUGGGCAAAAAGGUGCGCCGCAUCCUGAAGCGAGCGUGUCUGGACAUCACUAAGAGCUCGCUGAGAGAGCUCAGCCAGUCGAUCUCUGCCACCGAGGUGGAGUCUGUGGCCGGACUUCAUCCGGACAGCGUGCCUGAGGAGCCGCUGGAGUCAUCAACUCUAUGACUACAGCCGCUCGUGAUCAACGGGCGGCUACGACCGAGUGUUAGGACGCACAGGAUUGUCACUGCCAGUCUUGCCAGUUAACAUUUUCAAAAUCAAAAUCAAAUUAAAACUUGAGUUGAGAUUUAAUCCAUUGAGUAUGAAUUAUUAGGCAAUCAUUCUUAUAAUUCAUAAUCCAGUCAUGUUUUUAAUCACAGUAAUUUCAAGAGUUGAUUGGGUCCAUCGUCUUGUUCCUGUCCUCUUUGUGUAAUACCAACCCCACAUUGUGUAUUAAGACAGACGCUCAUGCUCAUCAGGCAAUUUCAAAAGGUUUCUUUGGUCACUGGAUGAUUGUGAUGCUUUUUUUUUUAAAGAUAUAUUGCAUAGUAUUUAACUGUUACAACCUCUUUGACCAAGACAUCUGCUUAUUUAUGCCCCUAAGCCUUCUGCAGGUGUCUGGUUGUAUAAUGUAAUGUAUUUCCACAUUGUGUUUGAAUGCAUUUUUAUAGCAUCUGCAAGGUUCAUGUAUUGAUGUAUCAUACUUUUUGUAACUAGUUAAGAGAUACAUAAACUUCAUUACUUUAAUAUAUUUAAAGUAAACAGUAUAUAUGUACAUAUAUUCUAAUAAAAGUUAUUGUUCCUAACAUCACAGUACUUUGCAUUUCCUAUUUUUUCUUUGACGUGUGACCUUGGAUGUGGAUGUGCAGGAUGUGCAGACCAGAUUUCCUGGAGGACUUAUAUGCUCAGAAAGUAUGCACGAGCCAGACAUAAAUCCAGAUCUGCAUUUCCUUUCUAUUUCCUGAGACUCUGUUUACAAAUUCUGGCAUUUCCUGUUUUCACUCAGCGAUGAUUUGAGAGAAUGUGUCGGUGAGAGAGAGAGAGCACCAUCCUGUGACUGGGAGGAUGACACAUUUGUUUUUCUGUUGAUAUGACAGAAAUCUUCAAGAACAGUGUGUGUGUCCAUCUUGAACUUUGCAAACACUUCCAGGAGACACAUAACCCUACAGGCUGUUUUUCAGGUAAAUGUGCUGAAAUGGCUGAAAGAGGAAAAGGCCUUCCUGUCAGAGGCACAGUGCCACAUCGGGCUGAGCGGACUGGAGGCUGACAGAAUGAGUCACUGAGCGUCUGAAUGUAUAUGAGAGGGUAAACAGACAUUCGCUUUUACUGAGACAUUUCCUCUGUUCAUGCCAUGUCCGGUUUUCAUUGUUUGCAUUUAAACUGACGGCCGCUUUGUACACAUAAUGUACUUUGCUGUGCGCCGCAUUAACCCUGAGACCAACCCCCACAUUAACCCUGGAGAUGAAAUAACAUCUGACCAAAAGAGCAGCAUUGCCUUUGAUCUGCAUAUAAAAUGCUGGAAUUAAAAUGAUGCUGCUAUUAAUAUUAAAUUAAAAUACAAUCCUUCAUUUCCUCAGUGAAAAAUGGAUAUAUAAGCUAUGAAUUAAAUAUUAGUGUCAUUAUACAACAGAGUGGCAAUUAAAAAUAUGCUAUACAACAAUUUAAGUAUCUAAUAUUAUAGAACUGUUACUUAGUAUUUUGAUUCAAGGGGCAAGGCUAGAUUACUUAAAACAUCCUCCUACUCCUCUUCAGGCACGUGGAAACACAGGGAAAGUCCCAAUGACUUCCAUUGUUUGGUUUUGGGUGUGUUUUUCUCUU